CAACAGAGCGCGCGAUAUUUUAGUCCACAUGAGAGAAAUAACGUGAGUCCUACGACUGGUAAUCUGACAGUUUUGAAUUCAACGCAAUGUUAUCCGCCACCCAAUGAGAAUCUUCUCCACCGUCCAUCAUGUCUAACGUGUCCGACAAUCGGCGAUCAUUGCGAUCAUCCAACAGCAUCGACAAUCCCACCUCAUCCAUCACACUUCCAUCCAUUUCAUCACAAUGCACACGGAUCGAUAAAUCAUCCAAUGGCUGAUGGUGGAAACAAGAACCUGAUGACAAAUCAACAUCCAACUUACGAUUCCUGCCACAACUUCGAUCGAACCAGUAUAGGUCGGAGGCGUAAUGAUAGCUUAGAAGAAAGUGCAAACAAUCUUCCCGAUUAUUUCAAUGAGUGUGUGAAGAAAGAAUCAAUCACACCACCAAAUAUCAUAAAAUCAAACAACAUAAACAACAACAACAACAAUAAUGUUAUUCACAAAAAUAAUAACAACAAUAACAAUAAUGAAGUUGAACGAAGUCCAUCAAUUCUUCAACUUAAAACAGAACCAAUUGGAAAUCCAGAUAGCCCUGAAUCAUCAUCAAUCGAUCCCCAACAGCCAACAACAACGCCAGAUGAUUGCGCAGGUUGUGGUCGACUAAUUCAGGAUCGUUUCUAUUUAUCAGCAAUCGAUAAGAAAUGGCAUUCAGGUUGUUUGCAAUGUUGCAUUUGUGAGAAUGCACUUGAUGGUCAAACGUCGCUUUUCUGUCGCGAAGGAAACAUUUACUGCAAAAGUGAUUACUAUAGGUGA